AUGGUGAAGGAUUGCGUGGUGACCCCUUGCGGACACAGCUUCUGCCGCUCGUGCGCGGGGGACGCCGUGACCCGCAAGCACUGCUGCCCCGUGUGCCAGGUCGGGGUGAUAGGGGGCGAGGCCGGCCUGAUCCGCAACUUUCUGGUGGACGAGGUUACCAGCACCCUGCGCAGGGCCACGGAGGACACGGACGUGGCCUACAUGCGCCUGCUGUUCGAUACCGCAGCCGGCGGCACGGCUGGGGCUGGUGCUGCUCAGGGGAAGGGAAAAGACGACGAUCGUGAUCAUCCGCAUGUGGGAUCCGACGACGCCCGCUUUCCUAUCGGGUUUCCUCCGAAACCUCCAUUUUCGGCGGGAAAUUUCCGCGGGGAAACACAGCCCGUCGAGCAAAAUCAACCUCCUCUACCACGGGGGGUGCCGCCCUCUCCGGCGGGCUUGUCUCCCGUCGAAGAAGUUCUCGUCAGACGAAUGCGAGAGGCGUUUCUUGGGUAUCAGUCGUACUACGCCCGCGAACGCGCGGCGCAUGCGGCUGAGGUUAGCGACCUUACGGCGCAGCUGUCCGCCGUGCGACGGGAAGAGACGACGCCGUGCCAGGGGCAGGCGGAAACACGUGCGCGUAGGGCGGCUGCGUUGCAAGGAGCCAUCCAAGAGAGCGAGGCGAGGUUCAACGCCGGGAUGGAGGCGUUGCUGCGGGACUUCGACGCACACGCCGCGGCCGCUCUGCCGCCGCCCAGCCUCUUGCCUUGCACGGUGACGUUGAUCGUGGCCUCGAGGGGCGUUCGGUUCGACACGCAGCUGCUCCCCACGCACUUUCCGGAAAACAUCUACGGCAAGGUGCGCGCACAUUACGCUGCUUCCGGAGACGAGGUCCGAGGCUUUGGUUCGACCACGCGUCUCUACUUGCAGCCCUUGUCUGCAACAAGGAGGGCUGGUACAGGAGUUGGUGCCGCUGCCGCCGGCGGUAACGGCGAUGGUAGUAAUAGCGCUGCUGUGGCCGCGGAAGGACAGGUUCAUCCGCUCAGUGACGCUACGCAGACCGUGUUCUCUCAGAGCCCGGGGGGGCGAGUCGGGGCGGGUUGGGCGCUGGUUGUGGAUGGACCGGUGCUGCUGAAGAGCGAGGAGAUUAAACCGUGCUUCGCCGUGGAGUUUGCUCAGCAGCAGCAGCAGCAGCAACAAGAGCAACGGGUGGACUAUUUUUCCUGCGGGGCGUGCAAGCUCAACUGGCUUUGCGCCUCCUGUGCGGCGCACUGUCACGGCGGUUGCGGCGACGUGAAGCCGUUCAUGCUGAACCACCUGCCUAACUGGGCAUGCUGCUACUGCAGCAAGAAGAGGUCGAAGCUCGAGUGUAAGCUGGCCGCGGUCGGAGGGAAAGCAAAUUGA